AGUUAACGCCUUAUCUAAUUAUUCAUGUACAGGCCAUCAAGAACCACAAGAUUUCUUGCUGUCCAUCUAUUAUUCACUAUUGCAGAGCAGUGUACCCUGAAAAGCCUAACAUUAAACCGCUCACCGACUUAUUCAAUGGAUCAGCCUAAAGAUGAUGGAAGAGUAUUAAUGAGCUUUCUAUGUUUUAUUGAAACUUUGUGCUUCGCCUAUCGAACCCUGGAGUGGAUGAAUCAUCAAAGGUUCUUAGAAAAUCACUGAAUCACUGACAUCCCGUUUUCUAUGUAAUCACGUUUAGUUGAAUUUCAUCGGUAAAUUAUUUAAUCAAUAGUAAUUUACUAAAUUUUUAU